AUGGACGAUGUCUCAAAAGAUUUGGAUGUGGGCGAGACAGCCUCUACACCGGCACAGGAGGAUAUGGAGACAACGCCCGUAAGAAAACGGGGCGGGCGGAAAGUAGCGACCGUAGACAAGCCUCUGUCUGUGACGGAUAUGCUUGUUACAGCCUCGGAGAACAAGCGUGGCAGGCCGCCAAGGGCAAUUGCGAACAUCGACUCAGCGGAAGAGCAAGGACGACCUGAUCAAUCGGAAGUUCAGGAAGAAGAAGAAGAACCAGCUGCCAAAAGAAGACGCACGAGUAAUGACGUGACGAUGGAAGACGCUGUUGACGAAGAGGAAACUCAAGGGAAUGCUCAGGAGGAUGAAUUGCCUAAGGUGGGAGACCUUGGAGACGCAGUAGCAGCAAAUGGCACCAGACGCAAGCGGUCGUCUGUGACUUGGGCUCAGCCGCUUACUUCAAGCUUGACAUCUCCUCAGACUGGCAGGCGCCCCCGCCUUUCAGGAGAGAUGCUAGGAGAGAGCACAAAGACGAAACAGGUCGAGCAGCCCACCGCGGCACCACCAAUGCCAAAGACUCUUUACGAUAUGAUAUCCGAUGGAAGGAGGAUGGGACGGCAGAAGACAUACGGUAAACGCUCUAAGAAAUGA